AUGCUGAAGGUGGCAGUUAAGCAGACGGUACCAUUCAUGCACAAGUCACCAAUUAAGCCAAAGAUGUCAGCCAUACAUAAUGGAUCAGUUAGGCAGAACUCACCAACCAUGCUGAAGGCUCCAGUUGUGCAGAAGGUGCCUGUCAUACACAAAAGGCCAGCCAUGCCAAAAGAGCUAGCUAUGCAAAAGGUGCCAGUCAUACAGGAGUCAAUUAUGUCAAAGGCAUCAAUCAUGCAAAAUGCUACAGUAAUGCAGAAGGACUUGUCGUGGUGAUGUCACCAGUCAUGUCAAAGGUGCCAGUAAUGCGAAAAGUGCUAGUUAUGGAGAAGGCAUCAGCCAUACCGAAGGCACCAGUCAUGUGGAAUGUGCCAGUCAUACAGAAAGGGUCAGUAAUCUCAAAGAUACCAGUCAUGAAAAAGCAAAAUGUGUCUAUCCUGCCAAAGGCAUCAAUCAUGCAGAAAGUGAUAAUUAGGCAGACGGCUCCCGUUAUACAGAAGGAGUGUGUAAUGCCUGAAGGAUCAAUGAUAGAGAAUCACCAGUUAUGCCAAAGGCUCCAGUCAUCUCAAAGAUACCAAUCAUGCAAAAGAUGCCCAUCGGGUCAAAGAUAGCAGUCAUGCAGAAAGAUACAGACAUGCCAAAGGCAUUGGUCAACGAGAGACAAUCAGUCAUGGAGAAAUUACCAAUUAUGCCAAAAGCACCAGUCAUGGAGAAAGUGCCAGUCAAGCAGAAAAGGACAGUCAUCUUAAAGAUAUCAGUCAUGCAAAAUGUGCCAAUCAAGCCAAAAACACCAAUACUGCAGAAGGUGUCAGUCAUAAAAAAUGGAUCUUAAUGGAGAGAUCACCAGUAAUGAAGAAGGCCAGUCAUGCAGAAGGCCUCAGCCUUGCCAAAGACGUCAGUCAUGCAAAAGGUGUUAGUCACAGAGAAAUGACCGGUUAUGCGAAAGUCACCAGUCAUGACAAAGAUGCCGGUCAUACAGAAAGUGACUAUUUUGCCAAAGGCAUCAAUCAUGAAGAAAACAUACUUUUAAAAUAG